AUGGCGCACCUCACGCUCGCAAAGGAGCUUGGGGCACCUCCUCCCCACGGAAAACCAUAUUCGGUUAUUGUACCCGGUUCAGAGAAGGAAGGACGAAGCCCGAUCUACAGGCAUCACAGAUUCAAAGAUGGACCACUCAAGACACUGGAUCCCAAUGUGUUGACCGCCCACGAUAUGUUUGAGAACACGGGUAGCGUCCCUACCAUGACUGUCGAGAACCCAUGCUGA